AUGGAUCUGAAAGGAGCUUAUGCUAUCAACUUCUUAACAGACAGUUGUGCAGCCUUAGGCCUGAUCGUCACAACUGAGCUCUGCAAACACUCUGACACCAAGGUACCUAAUGCCUGUUUGUUCACCAUCAACAAAGAAGACCACACACUGGGAAACAUCAUUAAAUCACAGCUGCUGAAGGACCCACAGGUGCUGUUUGCUGGCUACAAAGUGCCCCACCCCUUGGAGCACAAGAUUAUCAUCCGAGUGCAGACCACACCUGACUACAGCCCCCAGGAGGCCUUCACCAAUGCCAUCACAGACCUCAUCAGCGAGCUGUCCCUGCUGGAGGAGUGCUUCCGGGUGGCCAUCAAAGACAAACAAGAAGGAAUCGAGUAA